CCACCGCGCCCUGCCCAGGAAUUCCCUCCCGGGACCAGGCUGGUGAGCUGCUGCCCGCGUCCGGGCUCCCCAGUGUCCCCGCCGCAGCCGGAGCGUCUCCCCACGGACGGACGCGAGGCAGCCCUGCCGCCCGGAUCCCCCGCCCACCCGGACCACCAGGACCGCCCGGACCAGGGGACCCACCUGGACUAGGGGAGCCACUGGACAUGGACACGCGGGGACCCAAAGCCCCAGGCGGGGAUGCGCUGCGGGACACGGCAGAAAAUCUAUUUCAGGAACUUCAAGAACAUUUUCAAGCUCUGAUUGCAACGUUAAACCUCAGAAUGGAAGAAAUGGGAAGUCGCCUCGAGGAUCUACAGAAGAAUGUAAAUGACCUCAUGGUGCAAGCUGGGGUUGAGGAUCCUGUUUCGGAACAAGGGGCAAGGGCGUCAUUAGGAAACUAAAGGAUUGUUGCCCUAAGUCAGCCGGUAAAUUAUCCACACUCGUCCUGCUGAAUCAGAGCCAGUUUGCCUUCAGUUUAUAAACCCCUACGUCUGGUAUUGGGUAGGAGCUGCUGCUUAGGAGCUGUGAACACUGCAAAGGGUGGACAGCUUCACCGUUCUGGCCUCAUUCCUGGCGGGCCCUGAGGAAUCAGCUGUCCCUCCUCCCCACCCCCAACCCUGCAGGGCUGAUUCUGGGAUGGGACAAGAGCCUGAGGGAAGAACAUGGCAGCCCAAGAUCCUUCAUCACCCAGAUCAAGCUGCUGUUUUAAGUUUAGUCAACAAGUUAAAUGAUCAAAUAGACAUGGAAACCCCACCAUUUGAUGUGCGUGGAGCCCGAGAGAAGACCAGACAUCCAAGUUUGUUUAAAUCAGUGGUACUGCCUUUUAAAUGAAAAGAAGGACCUCAAUAAAUUGAGAUGUUUGGGUAAA